CUCGUGACUGGAGCUGAGUCAAUGGAUGAACUUCCACAAUCUCUCGUUUUGCCGUUUAGACCGACAGCAGAGAUUCCAUCCGACCACGCGUUCCUCACGAGCUGCCCCAUAUCGUUGUUCGAGUCUGGUAACUUUAGCAGGGUGCCCAUAAUGUUGGGUUUAACCAAGCACGAGGCGCUUGGAUUCGACAGACCUGCCGGUAAUACCGACCAGUGGACGAAGACCGAUGAUUUGUUAGAGAUCGAUCAGGACGUGUUCAAUCGUUUCUACCGUGGCAAAGUCACCGAUUUUUCUGUGUUCUUGACAGACUGGUAUUAUACAGCACCGGUCGACUUAACUCGUAAAUUAAUACAGAACCAGAUAGGCCACAAGUCAGUCUAUUACUACAUACAGAAUUACGAUUCUCCGUACGCCUUGCACAGACAACUGGGAACAGCAUUAAACGGCACCGCUCACGCGGAUGACGUUCAGUAUGUGUUCUAUAUGCGAGUGUUCCGCGAACCCUCGGAUCCUAAUGACCCUAUCAACCAAUUCAGGAAAAUGGUGUCUGCAAUGUGGGCAAAUUUCGCGAAAUUUGGGAAUCCCACUCCAAGGCAUAAUAAUCCAUCGAACGUAAUCUGGCAAGAGUCCGGAGAUUGUGGAUUGCAAUUAAACAUCAACAGCCAAUGCAGAAUGCAAGAUCGUGAUGUCAGUCCGAUAGCCGCGCAGUACGAACAGUAUAUUUCAGAGACGCUGCCACUAAAAACUUGUCGAAGUACUUCUCCGGUCGAGGUUAUCAUACGUUAGCUUGUACAAACAACUGUUUACUCGACGUGGGAAUCGUCGGUUCGAUAACGGAUGACCCAUGUAUAAAAUGCAAUAGCAGCUUCGAUUUAGAACGAUUCGCAUCAGUCGUUGAUAUAGC